UUUGUCUGCAACAAUCUCUGUCUGUAUUUGGCUCUCCCUUUCAACUUGGACAUCUGCCCGCUCCCUGUGUUCUGCUUUAUCUCAGUCGACUUGACAAUCAUCCAGUUGCAUCGACAUUCGACAAAUUUACAUCCAGUUGAACGACCAUUCCCCUUGAACUUGACGGCAGGCACGACACAUAUCUGUUCUUUCUUGGUGGCAGACUCUGCAGCCUACGUUCUUCAUAUACAUAAUUCAAAUGUUGGAGUUUUCAUCUUGACGAACCAACUUUUGCAAUUACUUUCAACCUCGACCUUGACUAAGCGACGAGUCGUAUGUCUACUGAUAAUGAUUCACACCAUGAAGCGUCCACCAAAGCCACUCCGACUACAGCCCAGGAACCUGGCUUCUUGCGACGUCGGUCGGUGAAGCCAGAUGACUCGCUUACUCGCGAGUCCAGCACAGCACCGUCUGAGCAAUCGUCUCAUCAUGGAGCUACCAUCAACCUUGUAGAUCUUAUCUCUCAAGGCGUUCGCUUCACAGAUCAUCCGGAUGAGGCCCGGCAGAUGUUGUCUCACCUUGCCAAUGUCAAACCCGGCACAGAUGUAUCACACAGCCUCAAGAACCUUUCAGCCCGCUACGAUGACGACCUUCCGCCAAGGACGCUUCUCUACCUGCUCUCCAGAUGGCUGCCUAUGUGGUUUGGAAAAGCAGACAAGGAGCGAAGGGAGAAUAAGUCAUCGAGGACCAUGCUGGUCAAGGAGCAACAGAAUUUGGAUUGGCUGCUUCGCUAUCUGUUGGAUUAUUUGAACUUGGGCCACACUGACAUUGACACCGAAGAGCUUGCUUCCACUAUCGACGCCGUCACAGUUAUGUGUUUGAGUGCUACCAAGGAAGGCGACAUCAACAACGGCAUCAACAUCUUGUAUGCUGUAGCCUUGAACUACCAAUUUCCAAAGCGAAGCCUUGAUCAAAGUCUCGUCGUCUUGUGCGCCUCUGCCGCCAACCUUCCUGCCCCACCUGACCAUCUUGUUGAUGUCGCAAGACUCUUGGUGUCGGGCUCUUUACAAGAAGAUUGUGUCCAAACAUUGUUCACCUUCAUUCUGACACCAACUCUUGGUAACGAGAUCAAGAAUCUCUCACAUGCGAGGGGGGCUGCCAGGAUUAUCCAAAAACUCAUCGAUCAGCAAAAUACAGAUGGUGUGUAUGUGUUUUCGCUGCCUCCACUGAUAGCAACACUGAAGACGGCGGCCGGUCAGAACAUCUUCCGCCUUGCUUUCGACCUUCUCAACACAGUGCAAUCCAUCCUCUCCUGCCAAACCCGACAGGCCGAAGUGGUUGAACUCGACUUCUCAGAGAUCAUGGAUAUCAUCAAUCUUUGCCUAGAUGUGAACCCUGCGAAUCGUCGGGCAGCAAAGACGCCGAACGAACCCUUGUCACCUCCCUCGAACCCCCAAGAUGAUCCUGAUCGUGCCUAUGAGCGUCAUUUUAGAGAUCGAGAUGCGGCGGCGAAAAACCUGGCACGGGCCUUGAGUACAUUACGCGAGCAUCUUCCAUCGGUCGCCAACGAUUUCAUAAUCGACUUCUUCCUUAUGCACCCACAAUACGUCGAAGUACCUCAACUAGUCGAAACGCUUGAGCAGGUUGGUCAGAAAUUCCUGGCUGCUGAAGAUCACGAAGUUAGGCGGAAGUACGCAGACUGUGUGUACCAAAACAUCAUUCGGAACAAUUUGCUUCCUCAAGCAUGUCGACUCAAAGGCAUAAAUGUAGUAGUUCAUUCUAAGGAAACCACGGAGCAUUUAUCUUCAGCCUCGUCACAAACUUGUGGUGCUGAGUACGCCUGGAUCCUCAGCAAGCUGUUGACGCAGAUUGAUACUGAGCGUGAUGAGACAGUCUUUCAAACCCUGGUCAAGUCUUUGCACUACAUGGCAAAUAAUUACGAAGAGGCAGCAAAGGAGCCAUCUUUGACUCAACAAACUAUCAAGAAGCUUGGCGACCUUGUUUUGCUAGGUCCUAAGGUGGGAUCAUGGAACGAUGACCUUGCAGUCCUGGGAACUCAGGUUCUGACAACUAUUCUGGCGUACAGCAUUCACACAAGUCCUGCGAUGGCGAUUUAUGCAUUUGAGGUUCUCUUGGACGUUGCAAGUCCCAAAUGCAAAUCUCGUCUGGCUAGGCUGGUCUCGAAGCGCUUGUUGUUCCGCAUACGGGCUGACGAUGCAGGCUACAUUUAUAUCAAUUCGGGAAGCGAAAGUGAAGACAUUGCCCCAGCACUACUACGGACUCGAGCCACGUUAGACAUCUUCCAAAAUGAGCAACCCCUCAGUCAACGCCACUCGGCAAGCAGCACAAGUUUGUCUUCAAAAUCUGAUGGCUAUGAGACAUUAUGGAUUUAUCCCGAAACCGAAGACACGGACUAUCCUUUCAGUGGUCGUCCUUCGUCUGUUCUCAACGUCAACACUACCAGCAGUUUAGAGAAGGUGAUGGAAUUGGACAUGGACACAUGGUUAAUGAACAUAAUCAAGUGCCUGCAGACGGACACGGAUUGGGAAACCUACAGCUUCACCAUUGUCCACACAGCCGCGCAGCUGAGCAACAUCGCCUUGUUCUUGAAUUCCCUCGAAGCUAUCAUCAAGCUUCGUCAAGUCCUUUGUGAACAAAUCGUCAACGGGUCUUUCAGAGAAGCUCCUGCCUCUACGGGGUUGAAGAAGUCGGACGUGGCGAUCUGCAUGUUCAAUUUCUUGACUUCUCUGGUGCCAUAUGCCACUAUCAAAUCAGAGGCAAUCCAGAAAGGCUUUGGUGAUGACCUUGUGAGAGCUUUCAUAUCAGGACUUGGUGGCUCGUGGGAGGGGACGUCUCGGAAGUGCAUCCACGCCCUGUCGGUCUGCAGCCUCGAAGUACCCUCGUCGGUGGCCGGCCUCUAUCCUACUAUCAUCGACAAAAUGUCCAAGAACAUGACUCAGGCUCAUUUAACGAGCCACAUUCUUGAUUUUUUGACACAAGUUGCUUUGCAGACUGAGAUGCACUCGAACCUGAACUCGGACGAGGUCAAGGUGAUCUUUGGGAUCUGCAUCCAAUUGCUCGAAAAGGUUCGAGAACAGCACAGUACGUCGGUGCUUUCACCUCAAGGACGGAUAACCGGAUCGACGAGACACAGCGGUAUGAACUUCCGACGGCCACCAUAUCGGGCAGCUAUGUUGACGGAGCUCGGACUGCCACAGUAUGCAGCAGCACUUGCGUACCAUAACAUGAUUUUUUGGUUUCUCGCCUUACCACUGGAGAACCGAGGCAAAUACGUGUCAUGGAUCGUGCCGCGGCUUGUGUGGAAGAACGCCCAGGGAGAGGAAACUAUUGAUGAACAAAGCCAGGUUCUGAUUGACAUGAUGCAGCGAACGGCGUACUCUGACCUGGGAGAAACGUCACCAGUGGCCGGUUUUGCAGAGGCAGAAGAUGGCCCAGUUUCGUCAGCAUCAUGGAUCGUGGGAUUGAGUAUCAUCACUGCUGAAGUGGCAGGUCAUACAGGCAAGACGCAGAUCAUCAAGCGGCAAGCAUCAGGCACCACGUACGCCAGAUAUCAGCAGUUGACUGCUCAAUUGCCACCGCACCACGCACCAACUCAAACGCAGAUUCACGGGCAGGAUGUGACGACGGAGAUCUUGCCUCCACACAUCAUCCUACAAAUGAUGGAAAGCGCAGCGGCGACUAGUUUGGCGGACCAGCCAGUCCGGCUACCUAGGGAUGAGUUUGUGUCUCGCUCUCUGGAUCUCUUUGACCGAAUCCCAACGGUUGCAAGCCAUAAGAUUGGCGUGUUGUACGUAGGGGAGGGGCAGUUGAAAGAAUCCGAGUUUUUAGCCAACACGCAUGGGUCGCCGGAUUAUGAACGUCUGCUGGCUGGGCUCGGCUAUGUGGUGUCUUUGAAGCCUCCACUUCAAUUCAAGCCGCAGGGAUUGGAGUAUGGUCGAGACGGAAGCGAAACUAUCGCAUGGCGAGAUAGGGUGGCGGAGAUUGUCUAUCUUGUCCCAACAAUGAUGCCAACCGACAGUGAGGACGACCCGCAAUGCAUUAUGAAGAAAGCACAUGUGGGAAACUGUCACGUCAAUGUCAUUUUCAACCGGUCGGGUGCGCCUUGGGACUUUGACAAGUUCAAAUCACAGUUGAAUUAUGUCAACAUUGUGAUUCGGCCAGCAUGUCGUGGAAGUGGCAAGGUCGAUGAGGACUUCAUGCCCGGCUUUUACUGGGUACACGUGGUAACCAGAGAUGAUCUACCGAGCCUUUCGCCAGCAGCGGAGCCCACGAUAAUCUCGGCCGCUCACCUUCCGCAGUUUGUGCGAGUGCUAGCGAUCAACGCGAGUCAGUUCUGCCUAACGUGGAACAACAGAGACAUCGACAACGAGUUUCCAAGUGAAUGGCGGUCGAGAUUACAGCAUAUCAAACGAUUGAAGCAACAGGUGUUGGACAAGAUGGGUGACAGAAGAGAAACAGCAGGUCUGUUGACAGGGACGACGGGGCCUUCAGGGGUGUCAUCUACCAAUGGUGGAAGAAAGACACCAGUAGCUCGGGAGGAGGCGAGCAGGAGGGACGGGCUUUUGGCAUCUCAAUUGGAUUUCAGUUCUUGGACGCAAUGGUAGUCUAUGGGCACUUGAGUCCAAAUGGAUAUGAGCGGGAAAAGGAGAAUUGUGAAAGCACGGCGUUGGGGACUGAUGGAUAUUGGGCAGAGGGAAUCAAAAGUUCUUGUUAUGACAUUAAUGAAGCAAUACUACCCUACCUAAGUAUGUACAGUAAAAGCAACCUUGUCCAGUAUGUUGAGGACUGGAGUUUAUAUGAAUUGGUGCUUGACAAAUAGGUGAAGAAAGGCAGUCAAUGGGGCCGAGGGGGC